CUCCUAAGACUCUCUGGGUCUCGCGGGCUCGAGAGGGGAGCGUUCGUUCCCUUCUUCUAUCUUUGUUUUCCUCUCUAAAUCCCCCAAAAAACCGAAUAAAUACAGCAAUCUGACGCGAAAAUUAAACUCAUACGACGAUCUAAAUUCCCUCCAUCUCCGAUUUCAAAACCCUAAUUAUCUGAAACCCUAGUUCUUGAUCGAAUCUCCCAGGUCCAGCCAUGGACAUGCGCUUCCCCUACUCGCCGGCGGAGGUCGCCAAGGUCCGUUGCGUCCAGUUCGGCAUCCUCAGCCCCGAUGAGAUCCGGCAAAUGUCGGUGGUGCAGAUCGAGCACAGCGAGACGAUGGAACGGGGAAAGCCGAAGCCCGGGGGGCUAAGCGACCCCCGGCUCGGGACCAUCGAUCGGAAGAUGAAGUGCGAGACUUGCAUGGCCAACAUGGCCGAGUGCCCCGGCCACUUCGGCCAUCUCGAGCUCGCGAAGCCUAUGUUUCAUAUUGGAUUUCUCAAGACUGUGCUUGCUAUCAUGCGGUGCGUCUGCUUCAAUUGCUCCAAGAUCCUCGCCGAUGAGGAUGAUGCUCGAUUCAAACAAGCUUUGAAAAUUAGAAACCCAAAGCAUAGGUUGAAAAGAAUUUAUGAUGCCUGCAAAACCAAGAAGAAAUGUGCUGGUGGUGAUGAUAUUGACGUCCAGGCUCAACAAGAUUCAGAAGAACCAAUAAAGAAGAGCCGAGGUGGUUGUGGUGCUCAACAGCCAAAUAUUACCAUAGAUGGGAUGAAAAUGAUUGCAGAAUACAAAGCUCCAAAGAAGAAAUCUGAUGACCAAGAACAGCUUCCUGAACCUGUUGAAAGAAAGCAAGUCCUUUCUGCAGAGAGGGUUCUUAGCGUUCUUAAGCGGAUAAGUGAUGAGGACUGUCUGUUAUUGGGUUUGAGCCCUAAAUAUGCCCGUCCAGAUUGGAUGAUAUUACAAGUUCUUCCAAUUCCCCCACCUCCAGUAAGACCCUCUGUGAUGAUGGAUACCUCUUCUAGGAGUGAGGAUGAUCUGACUCAUCAACUGGCUAUGAUAAUCAGACAUAAUGAGAAUUUGAGGCGGCAAGAGAGGAAUGGAGCUCCAGCUCACAUCAUCACAGAGUUUGCCCAGUUAUUGCAAUUCCACAUUGCAACAUAUUUUGAUAACGAGCUUCCUGGUCAGCCAAGGGCUACGCAGCGAUCUGGACGACCCAUCAAAUCCAUAUGCAGUAGACUUAAGGCCAAAGAAGGUCGAAUUAGAGGUAACUUGAUGGGGAAGCGUGUUGAUUUUUCAGCACGAACAGUCAUCACUCCUGACCCAACAAUAAACAUUGAUGAGCUGGGAGUGCCAUGGAGCAUAGCUCUGAAUCUAACAUACCCAGAAACUGUGACUCCAUAUAACAUUGAAAGACUGAAAGAACUUGUGGAAUAUGGGCCGCAUCCUCCCCCUGGUAAGACUGGUGCAAAAUACAUUAUAAGGGAAGAUGGGCAGAGGCUUGAUCUUCGCUACUUGAAGAAAAGUAGUGAUCACCAUCUGGAGCUUGGAUACAAGGUGGAGCGACACUUGAUGGAUGGGGAUUAUGUUCUUUUCAAUCGGCAGCCUAGUCUUCAUAAAAUGUCCAUCAUGGGUCACCGAAUUAAAAUCAUGCCAUACUCGACUUUUCGCUUAAACUUGUCUGUGACUUCUCCAUACAAUGCUGAUUUUGAUGGUGAUGAGAUGAACAUGCAUGUUCCCCAAUCAUUUGAGACUAGAGCAGAAGUUUUGGAACUAAUGAUGGUACCUAAAUGCAUUGUCUCACCUCAAUCUAAUCGGCCUGUUAUGGGCAUUGUCCAGGAUACACUGCUAGGAUGUCGGAAGAUUACUAAAAGAGAUACAUUUAUAGAAAAGGAUGUUUUUAUGAACAUUUUGAUGUGGUGGGAAGAUUUUGAUGGGAAGAUACCUGCUCCAGCCAUUUUGAAACCUAGGCCUCUAUGGACUGGAAAACAGGUGUUCAACCUUAUCAUUCCAAAGCAAAUAAAUCUUAUCAGGACUUCAGCAUGGCACUCCGAAGCAGAAACAGGAUUUAUCACUCCAGGGGAUACUUUAGUUCGAAUAGAGAAAGGGGAGCUUCUAUCGGGCACCCUUUGCAAAAAAACUCUUGGAACAUCUACUGGAAGUCUUAUCCAUGUGAUCUGGGAAGAGGUUGGUCCAGAUGCAGCUCGCAAGUUUUUGGGCCAUACACAGUGGCUCGUAAACUAUUGGCUUUUGCAGAAUGGUUUUAGUAUUGGAAUUGGGGAUACAAUCGCAGAUGCAGCAACCAUGGAGAAAAUUAAUGAAACAAUAUCAAAAGCUAAAAAUGAUGUUAAAGAACUUAUCAAGCUGGCACAAGAAAAGCAGUUGGAAGCUGAGCCUGGGAGAACUAUGAUGGAAUCAUUUGAGAACAGAGUAAACCAGGUGUUGAAUAAGGCUCGUGAUGAUGCAGGGAGUAGUGCUCAGAAGAGCUUAUCUGAGAGUAACAAUCUGAAGGCAAUGGUUACUGCAGGAUCAAAGGGUAGUUUUAUUAACAUUUCUCAGAUGACUGCUUGUGUGGGACAGCAGAAUGUUGAGGGCAAACGGAUUCCUUAUGGGUUCAUUGAUCGAACAUUACCUCACUUCACAAAAGAUGACUAUGGGCCUGAAAGUCGUGGUUUUGUGGAGAACUCCUACCUUCGUGGGUUAACACCACAGGAAUUCUUCUUCCAUGCUAUGGGUGGUAGGGAAGGUUUAAUCGAUACUGCUGUGAAAACUUCUGAGACGGGAUAUAUUCAGCGGCGCCUUGUGAAGGCUAUGGAGGACAUUAUGGUCAAAUAUGAUGGUACUGUUAGAAAUUCUCUUGGGGAUGUCAUACAGUUCCUAUAUGGAGAGGAUGGUAUGGACGCUGUUUGGAUUGAAUCACAGAAGUUGGAUUCCUUGAAGAUGAAAAAAUCAGAUUUUGACAGGGUUUUUAAGUAUGAGAUUGAUGACGACAAUUGGAACCCUAGCUACAUGUUACCGGAGCAUGUUGAGGAUCUGAAAACCAUCCGUGAGUUCAGAAAUGUGUUUGAUGCUGAGGUUCAGAAAUUAGAAGCAGAUCGUUACCAGCUUGGUACAGAAAUUGCGACUACUGGUGAUAAUACGUGGCCUUUGCCUGUUAACCUCAAGAGACUAAUCUGGAAUGCACAGAAGACAUUUAAGAUUGAUUUGAGAAGGCCAUCAGAUAUGCAUCCAAUGGAGAUUGUAGAAGCUAUUGAUAAGCUUCAAGAAAGGCUGAAAGUUGUCCCUGGUGAUGAUUUUCUUAGCAUGGAAGCUCAGAAAAAUGCAACUUUGUUUUUCAAUAUCUUACUUCGUAGCACAUUUGCCAGCAAGCGGGUGUUGAAAGAGUAUAGGCUCACUCGCGAAGCAUUUGAGUGGGUUAUUGGUGAAAUCGAGUCCCGUUUCCUGCAGUCACUUGUAGCACCAGGUGAGAUGAUUGGUUGCAUAGCUGCCCAAUCCAUUGGUGAACCAGCAACUCAGAUGACCCUGAAUACUUUCCACUAUGCUGGUGUUAGUGCAAAGAAUGUUACUCUUGGUGUUCCCAGGUUGAGGGAAAUUAUUAAUGUUGCCAAGAAAAUCAAGACUCCUUCUCUGUCUGUUUACUUGAAGCCUGAAGUCAACAAAAAGAAAGAACUGGCCAAGAAUGUUCAGUGUGCUUUGGAGUACACUACAUUGCGAAGUGUAACACAUGCAACCGAGAUAUGGUAUGAUCCCGACCCUAUGAGCACUAUUAUUGAAGAAGAUGUUGAAUUUGUCAAGUCAUAUUAUGAAAUGCCAGAUGAAGAUAUUGCCCCAGAAAAGAUAUCUCCUUGGCUGCUUCGUAUUGAACUGAAUCGUGAGAUGAUGGUUGAUAAGAAGCUGAGCAUGGCAGACAUUGCAGAAAAGAUUAAUCAUGAGUUUGCCGAUGAUCUAACAUGUAUCUUCAAUGAUGAUAAUGCUGACAAACUCAUACUUCGGAUCCGCAUCAUGAAUGACGAAGCUCCCAAGGGGGAAUUGCAAGACGAAUCUGCUGAAGAUGAUGUUUUCCUCAAAAGGAUUGAAAGUAACAUGUUGACAGAAAUGGCUCUUCGAGGCAUUCCUGAUAUAAACAAGGUUUUUAUCAAAUCAGGAAAAGUUAACAGAUUUGAUGAGAAUGAAGGGUUCAAAGCAGAUGUGGAGUGGAUGCUUGACACAGAAGGUGUCAAUCUGUUGGCUGUUAUGUGUCAUGAAGACGUUGAUGCCACUAGGACAACAAGUAACCACUUGAUCGAAGUGAUUGAAGUUCUUGGAAUCGAGGCUGUUCGACGCUCUCUUCUGGAUGAGUUGCGCGUGGUUAUAUCUUUUGAUGGAUCUUAUGUCAACUACCGGCAUUUGGCUAUUCUUUGCGAUACAAUGACCUAUAGAGGUCACUUAAUGGCCAUCACCCGGCAUGGCAUCAAUCGUAAUGAUACUGGUCCAAUGAUGAGAUGUUCAUUCGAGGAGACUGUCGACAUACUUCUUGAUGCAGCUGUAUUUGCUGAAACAGACCACCUUAGGGGUGUUACUGAGAACAUUAUGCUUGGUCAGCUUGCUCCGAUUGGUACAGGAGACUGUGCAUUGUAUUUGAAUGAUCAGAUGUUGCAACAGGCAAUUGAACUUCAGCUUCCUAGUUACAUGGAGGGUUUGGAGUUCGGGAUGACACCUUCACGAUCGCCCAUCUCAGGGACGCCAUAUCAUGAAGGGAUGAUGUCACCUAGUUAUUUGCUGAGCCCAAAUGUUCGCUCUUCGCCAAUUACAGAUGCGCAAUUUUCUCCUUAUGUUGGUGGGAUGACUUUUUCUCCCAGUUCUUCACCCGGCUACAGCCCAUCAUCUCCUGGCUACAGCCCAUCGUCUCCAGGAUACAGUCCAACAUCUCCAGGUUAUAGCCCCACCUCUCCAGGAUACAGUCCUACAUCACCGGGUUACAGUCCCACUUCUCCAACAUAUAGCCCCAGCUCUCCUGGAUAUAGUCCUACUAGUCCUGCUUAUUCUCCAACAAGUCCAUCUUACUCUCCUACUUCUCCCAGUUACAGCCCCACAUCCCCGAGCUAUAGCCCUACAUCUCCCACUUACAGUCCUACUUCUCCUAGCUACAGCCCCACUUCCCCCAGUUACAGUCCUACUUCACCUAGUUACAGUCCCACAUCUCCAGUCUACAGUCCCACUUCUCCAGCCUAUAGCCCAACCUCUCCCGCGUACAGCCCAACUUCACCAUCAUACAGCCCCACAUCACCUUCCUACAGCCCCACAUCACCUUCAUAUAGUCCAACUUCUCCUUCAUACAGCCCCACGUCACCUGCUUAUAGCCCCACUUCUCCUGGCUACAGCCCAACUUCCCCGAGUUAUAGUCCCACCUCCCCAAGCUAUAGCCCUACAUCUCCAAGUUACAAUCCUCCUUCGGCAAAGUACAGCCCUUCGCUUGCAUAUUCUCCAAGCAGUCCAAGGUUGUCACCAUCCAGUCCUUACAGCCAGUCAUCUCCAAAUUACAGCCCAACUUCACCAUCAUAUUCAUCUACAUCUCCAUCAUAUUCCCCUCCAAGUCCAACAUACAGUCCCACCAGCCCAUACAAUUCUGGUCCAGGCCCAGAUUACAGUCCAAGUUCUCCUCAGUACAGUCCAAGUGCGGGCUAUUCGCCAACUGCACCAGGUUACUCUCCAUCUUCCACCAGUCAAUACACUCCACAAAUGAGCAACAAGGAUGAGGAAAGUACUCGGUGAAGUGGCUUUGUCAAACUAAUAUUGAAUUGGACGUAAUGGUUGUAGUACGAUCUUGUAUAAAUUCAUUUGGGCUAUCCGAGUGUGAUAGCUAAGACAUCUUAAGAUCGUAACGGAGACAACCCUCAGGAUGGGACUCCCUUGUACUUGGGUUGGUUCUUGUUAUCUAUAUCCUGUAACUUGUCCUUUUUUUUUUUCUUUUUUGGUAGAUUCCUGUAACUUGUCCUUGGAGGAAAACAACUUGUGAGUGGACAAUAUUGAACUGUUAAGUGGUGACCCGUAUAUUUGUAACAUCAAAUCAAUCUGUUGUGUUUUCCUA